AUAUGUCCUCCGCUCCCUCGCGUUGGCCGUCAACCCUUUAGCACCAUAUCACGCUUAUCGCCAUCGUCACUUGUUAACGACAACUCCCUAAUAAAUUAAACACCUUCGAAAGGAAAAAAAAACCUCACAUACCAUCCAACAAAAUGACUGGAGGCAAAUCUGGAGGCAAGGCCAGCGGCAGCAAGAACGCCCAAUCCCGUUCGUCCAAGGCCGGUCUCGCCUUUCCCGUUGGACGUGUUCAUCGUCUCCUCCGCAAGGGCAACUACGCUCAGCGUGUUGGUGCCGGUGCUCCCGUUUACCUCGCUGCCGUCCUUGAGUAUCUCGCCGCCGAAAUUCUUGAAUUGGCUGGCAACGCUGCUCGCGAUAACAAGAAGACCCGUAUCAUUCCCCGUCACCUUCAGCUCGCCAUCCGCAACGAUGAGGAACUGAACAAGCUCCUGGGUCAUGUCACCAUUGCCCAGGGUGGUGUCCUCCCCAACAUCCACCAGAACCUUCUGCCCAAGAAGACCCCCAAGAGUGGAAAGGGCCCGGGAAGCCAGGAGCUGUAAACAAUUUCUUUCUAAUUUGGGUUCUCUGAUUCGGCGCGGUUUGGUUCUCUUAUUGAUGUGAUAACGGGGUUCUGGUCGGAACGUUUAUGGCUCUGCGAUUUCUUUUUUCUAGUUUCCACAGUUUAUGGUUGUACAUUAUGUCUACGGACAUGGAAUGAUACCGACAGCAUUUUCACGGAUUCAAUCCUACCCUCUAGUCCGGACUUGUGUAGGAAUUUUGCUCAACCAUUGAAAGCCAAUGGCGUGUCUUUAUAUUUUCCUUUAAUAUGACCCGUAUAAUUAUGGUCGCUCAGAGCA